GAUGCGGAUCCACUGUAGUCAGUUCCACUAAAGCAACCGGACAGUGCACGGGUGCAGACCUCACGAUUUCGAACGAUUUUCUGUUUUGUUUUUUAUUUUACUACUAUUUAGGAAUAUUGUACUUGUGUUUGUUGCUUGGAUAGAUUUUUAUUGUAAUUUUUUUUCCAAGUAAACAGUAUAUUAUAACAUAGUCCUAUAUUAUUAAACAAUAAUUAUAAUAGCAAACAGCAUAACGUUGCGAUUAGCGUGAAGUUCCCGAUACCAAACUAUUAAGUCCCAAACAUUUGAACGAGUAUUGUACAGGAUGCCUGCUGAUAUUGCAGCCAUGGAUAACUUUGAUACGAACAGCCCGAACACAAUUCAUGACAUGUCAGAAAUUCAAUCUUUUUACGAUGGUACGACAGUGUUUUUGACUGGCGCCACUGGAUUUGUAGGCAAUUUAAUACUGGAAAAACUAAUCAGAACUUGUUCAGGAGUUAAAAAAAUUUAUGUCUUGAUCAGAGAGAAAAAAGGAAAGACUUCAGAAGAAAGAUUUAAAGAUCUCUUCAAUGAUCCGGUAUUUGAAUUAAUGAAAAAACAACAACCCAACUAUUUGGAAAAGAUCUCAGCAGUUAUCGGUGAUUGUUGUUUACCAAAUUUAGGAAUUGAUGAGCAAACCAUGAACAUUUUGAAAAAUGAAGUUAACAUUGUUUUACAUUCAGCCGCCACAGUAAGAUUCGACGAACAAUUAAGAAAAGCAGUUAACAUCAAUAUAAUUGCCUUGCAAGAUAUGUUAAAAAUGAGCCAGGAAAUGUCAAACUUAAAGGCUUUCGUUCACAUUUCUACAGCUUACUCGAAUUGCGCCGGAAGAAAAGUUGUGGAUGAGGUGUUCUACAAGCCACCAAUAUCUGGUGAUAAUUUGUUUCAGUUCGUAAACAGUCUUGACGAUGAUUACAUUGAACGAGUUACUCCUUCAAUGUUGAAAGAGUGGCCUAACACGUAUGCGAUGACAAAAGCGAUUGCCGAAGGCGAAAUUUUAACAUACGGCAAAGGAUUGCCCAUUGGAGUGAUAAGGCCGUCGAUGAUCGUAGCCACCGACGAUGAACCUGUCUCCGGGUGGAUCAACAACUUUUACGGUCCAACGGGUGUCGUAGCGGCCACCGGCAUUGGUCUCAUGAGGUGCAUGUGUGCCGACCCCAAUCAAACAGCUGACAUCAUACCUGGAGACUACGUUAGCAACGCUGUUAUAGCCUCCGCCUGGGACAUCCACAAUGAAUGGAAAAAUCAUAAAAAUGCCAACGGUUCGAAUAAGGAAAAUUACGAGCCAAAAAUUUACAAUAUUGUUUCUUCGAGCUCUAAUCCUUUGACAUGGGGAGAAUUUUCAUCAUACAACAAGAAAUUUGGACAACAUGUGCCCUCUAUUAAAGCGAUCUGGCCAAUUAUGUUAAGAUUGUCCAAAAACAAAUACGAAUAUACAAUAUUAUGUUUCCUUCUUCACAUUAUACCUGCAUUUAUUAUCGAUUCCUUAGCCAAACUUACUGGAAGAAAGCCACAAUUAAUGGAUGGAUACAGAAAAAUGCACAAAUUCUCCGAAGUCAUAUCGUACUUCAGUUUACAAUCAUGGACAUUCCACGAUAAUAACACAAAAUCGCUGGCAGCUAAACUAUCCAAAUUGGACCAGUCCCUAUUCAAGUUCGACGCUGCUAAAUUAGACUGGAAUGAGUAUUUCAAAAAACACGUUUUAGGAAUCAGAUUGUACAUCAUAAAAGAUACAAUGGAUUCGGUGCCGGAAGCAGUAAAACGAAAUAAAAAAUUGUACUUGAUUCACUACACGCUAUUAUCCAUAUUGACGGCAUUGUUGAUUUUAAUAGUGUAUGGGCUGUUCAUAUUAUUCGUAUAGGUUACUCAAAAUUUAAAUAUCUGUUGUCCUAAAUGGCGAUUAUAUAUGUAUGUAAUAAACAUUUGUAUUGCAUAUACAUUUAUCGCCUGAUUGUUAUGAUUUUUUUUUUUGUAUCUCAUUAUGAUGUAUAUUUUACUUUUACUCAAAUUUGUACAAUUUUAUGAUAAUUUUUAUACUCAAAAUUAUUUAAAAUUUUUUAAUUUUUAAUACCUAUACGAUAAGUAUAUUAAUAUUAUUGUUGUACAUAUUCGUUCUCGUGUGCAUAUAAGCAUACUCCAAAAUAAGUGGAAUUAUUAAUUAUUAUUGUUAAUAUUUAAAUAUUGUAUGGAUAUAAUAUGCAUAAUUUUAAAAUGUAUUUGUAUCCGAAAAUAGUUAACAUAUUAUCGAUUUUAAGAGUAAUGUGAAUAAUUAUUAAAAAGACUUUUAGUUAUUAUGUAAAUUAUUAUAAUAAAUUUAUUUGGUGAAACAAAUUA